AUGGGUUUUUACUUAAUCGGAGAAGAGCCAGAACCUAAACCGCUUUGUGUAAUUUGUACUGAAGUCCUGGCCAACAGUAGUUUAAAACCAUCGCUUCUUCGUCGGCACCUUGAGACAAGACAUCCGGAUCACAAGGAUAAACCUAUUGAAUAUUUUAAAAGGAAAUUGGAAGGUUAUAAGAAUUGUAGUGUUUCUUCUUACCUGUCGGCUUUCAACGCAGAUAGUAAACUGGCUCUUGAAACAUCAUAUCGAGUUAGUUUCAGAAUCGCAAGAUCUGGAAAAGCUCAUACAGUCGCAGAAAAUUUGAUCGGACCUUGUGCUAAAGACAUCGCAAUGUGUAUGCUUGGAGAAAAAGCGGCAUAA